AGCAAGCUGGUCAAGUACUUCAGCCGGCAGCUGUCCUGCAAGAGGAAGGUGGCCUUGCAGGAGCGUAAUGCCAAGCUGGAGGGCUUCCCCCAGCUCCUGCACUGGUUCCGCAUCGUUGACAUCCGCAAGGAGGUGAUGGAGGAAAUUGCCCCCGGGCAGCUGAGCCUGGAGGAGCUGCUGGACAUGACCGACGACCAGGUCUGUGAGACUGUGGAGAAGUUUGGGGCCAACAGCGAGGAGUGUGCCCGCCUGAACGCCUCCCUCUCCUGCCUCCGCAGCGUCCACAAGUCCGGUGGCAGCCUCUCCAAGCAGGAUUGGACCAUCCAGUGGCCCACAACGGAGCCGGGGAAGGAGAACAGCCCCGGGUGCCAGCUGGAGCCAGGGCAGUGGGGCAGGACGCACCUCUUGCAGAGCCCCAAGGUCCAACCCAAGUGUGGGCAGCAUCACUGCCACACGGGCUCGCCCCACGGACCCAUGUACACCCACGUGGACCGGCUGACUGUGGAGGGUCACCCGGGGCUGUGCCCACCCGUGGAGUCCGGCCACCGCUCCCUGCCGCCCUCCCCGCGCCAGCGACACGUCGCUCACACCCCUCCGCGUACCCCCAACAUCGUGACCACGAUGACGCCGCCGGGCACGCCGCCGGUACGACGGAGGAAUAAACUGAAGCCCCCUGGGACGCCGCCGCCCUCGUCGCGAAAACUGAUCCAUCUCAUCCCCGGCUUCACCGCGCUGCACCGGAGCAAGUCCCACGAGUUCCAGCUGGGGCAUCGCGUGGACGAGGCGCACACCCCCAAAGUCAAGAAGAAGAACAAGCCCUUGAACCUCAAGAUCCAUAACAGCGUGGGAAGCUGCGAGAACAUCCCUGCGCAGCGCUCCCCGCUCCUCUCCGAGCGCUCCCUGCGCUCCUUCUUCGUGGGGUACCCGCCUUUCCUCCCCUCCACCCCUCCUGUCCACACCGAAGCCACCUUCUCAGCAAAUACGCUGUCAGUGCCUCGCUGGUCCCCGCAGAUCCCCCGUCGAGAUCUAGGAAACUCGAUAAAACACAGGUUUUCCACCAAGUACUGGAUGUCUCAGACCUGCACCGUCUGCGGGAAGGGAAUGUUGUUUGGCUUAAAAUGCAAAAACUGCAAGCUCAAGUGCCACAACAAAUGCACCAAAGAGGCCCCUCCGUGUCACCUGCUGAUCAUCCACCGUGGAGGGAGACGAGCCGUUCGGGGCGAGGCAGAUUUGCAUUGCAAACCACUUCCACCCACCCUUCCCCUGCCUCCUUUUCUUUUCAGAUUCCCCACCGCACGGGCAAGGUUAGUCCGGACAGAGUCGGUGCCCUGCGAUAUCAACAACCCCUUGCGGAAACCCCCCAGGUAUUCGGACCUGCACGUCAGCCAGACGCUCCCCAAAACCAACAAACUCAACAAGGACCACAUCCCGGUGCCCUACCAGCCAGAUUCCAGCAGCAACCCCUCCUCCACCACCUCCUCCACACCCUCCUCGCCGGCCCCGCCGCUGCCGCCCAGCGCGACGCCCCCAUCCCCCCUGCACCCCUCCCCGCAGUGCCCGCGCCAGCAGAAGCAGUUCAACUUGCCAGCUUCCCAUUACUACAAGUACAAGCAGCAGUUCAUUUUCCCGGACGUGGUGCCCGAGACGCCGACCCGAGCCCCGCAGGUGGUCCUCCACCCCGUCAACUCCAACCCCAUCCUGGAAGGAAACCCAUUGCUUCAAAUUGAAGUGGAGCCCACCUCGGAGAAUGAGGAAGGCACUGAGGAGGCGCAGGAGUCCGAGGAUGACUUUGAAGAGAUGAACCUCUCGCUCCUCUCCGCACGCAACUUCCCCCGCAAGGCCAGCCAGACCAGCAUCUUCCUCCAGGAGUGGGACAUCCCCUUCGAGCAGCUCGAGAUUGGCGAGCUCAUCGGCAAGGGCCGCUUCGGGCAGGUCUUUCACGGGCGCUGGCACGGGGAGGUGGCCAUCCGCCUCAUCGACAUCGAGCGGGACAACGAGGACCAGCUGAAGGCCUUCAAGAGGGAGGUGAUGGCGUACCGGCAGACCCGGCACGAGAACGUGGUGCUCUUCAUGGGAGCUUGCAUGAGUCCUCCCCACCUUGCCAUCAUCACCAGCCUGUGUAAAGGACGGACUCUCUACUCGGUGGUGAGAGAUGCCAAAAUUGUCCUGGAUGUCAACAAGACGAGGCAGAUAGCGCAAGAAAUUGUGAAGGGAAUGGGCUAUCUGCAUGCCAAGGGGAUACUUCACAAAGACCUCAAGUCAAAAAAUGUUUUCUACGACAACGGGAAGGUGGUGAUCACAGACUUCGGCCUCUUCAGCAUCUCGGGAGUUCUCCAAGCGGGCAGGCGGGAGAACAAGCUGCGGAUCCAGAACGGCUGGUUGUGCCACCUCGCCCCCGAGAUCAUCCGCCAGCUCUCGCCGGAUACCGAGGAGGACAAGCUGCCCUUCUCCAAGCACUCGGAUGUCUUUGCACUGGGCACGAUCUGGUACGAGCUGCACGCACGGGAAUGGCCCUUCAAGACGCAGCCAGCGGAGGCAAUAAUCUGGCAGGUGGGAAGAGGGAUGAAGCCAAACCUCAGCCAGAUCGGGAUGGGCAAGGAGAUCUCGGACAUCCUCCUCUUCUGCUGGGCCUACGAGCAAGAGGAGAGACCCACCUUCACCAAGCUCAUGGACAUGCUGGAGAAACUGCCAAAGCGCAACCGUCGCCUUUCCCACCCUGGGCACUUCUGGAAGUCGGCGGAGUAA